CGUGAACAAUCCCGCCUGAGCUGAGGUGGAUCGGUUUCCAAGUGGAAUUGCGACUUAUUUUUCUGGGUGCUUCGGUCGAGUGGGACCGAGAUGACUUGUUUUCAGAGCACAGCCAAACCGACCACAUUGAUGCCCUCAACCUGGGCCUGAAGUAUACAGUGAGGGAGUGUAUGUUGAACACACACAUUGCCGAAUCCAAGCCGAUCCCCCGCCUAUCCAGUAUCUACCCAGUCCCUACCCUGCCUGAGGAUCGCUCGAAGCUGGCCCGCUUUUCGGUGGGGUUUCCAGAUAUUGCCUGCUUCACGGUUUCAGGCCACAGUUGGUCAUCGCCACUUGAACUUGUUGUUCCUUUGUAGCUUCACGGGUGGAUCACCAGUCACCCCCAUCCUCACAACGUUUUUUCCUCAAGAUAAAAUAGAUUAACGGAUACCAGCCUUGUUCGUUGUGGGAUCCCAACGGCUCCCCCACGAACUCGUCACGCCUAUCGGUCACUCCCCCUUGUUGAUCCCACUUCCCGCCUCGUUGCGCGAUGGAUCAAUAUUGCCACGAAUUGCAAGCCGCCUUAGUUUCCACCCUGUCCAUUCAUUUGUGCAAUCACAUCUUCUUAAUUUUGCCUAUCGUCUAUACCUGGAGAUCUUUGUAGCCGCAUUGACGGCACAAGAGCCAAACGUACCCACUACUACAAUAACCAAACCACCUCUAUCAGGAGCCUGAUUCAUAAUCCUGUCCCAACCAGUACCUGUGAGUGAGUGCAUCAGCCACCGUCCUGGAACAAAAACAACAGCUCGAAAAGCCGGGUCAAGGACAAAAAAAGGAACCUGGUGGUUCCUUCAACGUCAUCGUAGCAAAAACUCUCGAAAGCUCCAAACCCCUACUACAACUACCACUUCUACCAAACCAGCCACCCACCCACCCUUUCGCCCAAGAGCCACAAGAGCUAGCCGGAAACCGGCGCAGGAAAUCUUCGAAGCCAUUAUUUAACUGCAUCCUUCAGAUAUCAUCAUUUCAUGAUGGAAGUCUCAUCCGAUCAUCUGGAUUUAGCGGGAUCUGCGGAAAAGAUGCCGUUGGAUCGCACGGACUCUCGAUCGUCUUGCGAUUCCGAUGGCGGUGAGCCCGGAGAACGCAUGCGGAUUGAUAGUUCUUCGAGUUGCAACAGCGACGGAUUGGAUGGAUUGGAACCAUUGGAGUUGGACGAUAUCAAGCGCUAUUCUUCCGUGGGUCAUGGGAUGCGAGUCCCAAAAAAACGAUUCGAUAGCAUUUGCGAAGAUGAAGAGCUUAAUAUCCCUGUGUGCAAGAUCUUCUCGGUGGCCAUGGCAGCCAAGCGUAAAGCAGCUUUGGCUAAUGGAACUCUGCCACCAAAUCCGACCCUGGAUCGAGCCAAGAAGAAUUGGAAGAACGCUUUGAAGCUCAUUCAGGAACGGGGUGAUCCGUGGAAGAAGUUCAAUCUGGAUAAAUUGACCACCGAAAACGCCAUUCGCCAUCGAUACAAUGCCUUGACCAAAGUCUGGAAGAAGGAGAAUUGCUUGGUCAAAAUGGACAAGAAACCCUUCAAUCAUGGAGCCAUGAGAGAAUGCUUUCGCUUGAAGAAAUUGAGCAACUUCAGUCACAACAUGGAUUGGGAUCGUAACAGUAACAACUACGUGGUCAAACGAUACAUGCAACCCGUGGACAAGGAGACUUACUUUGACGAUGUCCGUCUUCAAAUGGAUGCCAAACUUUGGGGCGAAGAGUACAACCGUCAUCACCCACCCAAACCCGUGGACAUUUUCCAAAUGGCCGUGUUGGAGUUCCCCGAACGAGAGGGGCAACCCUUGUUCCACAUUGAGCACUACAUUGAGGGCAACUACGUGAAGUACAACUCCAAUUCCGGAUUUGUGGACAAUCGUGCUUGCCGGCAAACUCCUCAUGCCUUUAGUCAUUUCACCUUUGAACGAUCGGGUCAUGACCUGAUUGUCGUAGACAUCCAAGGGGUGGGUGAUCUUUACACGGACCCUCAAAUUCACACGGCUAUGGGCAAGGACUAUGGAGAUGGAAACCUGGGCACUAAAGGCAUGGCGCUCUUCUUCCAUUCUCAUUCUUGCAAUUCCAUCUGCAAGAGUUUGGGCCUGACCCGAUUUGAUUUGACUCGAGCGGAAAAGAGCGAAUUGAACCACAUAGGAGCUCACUCUGGGAGUCAGACCAUCCUCAGGGGACACGAGAUCAUGUGCGAAAGCCCGUCCCCGGAUGUCAAGUUUGAUUUCCGGCACAUUUUCCAACGGAACCGCUCAAAUUCGGCCGUGUACUUGGACAUCAAUCUGGCCAAUUCCAUCAAAAACAACAAUCCGGGAGUUGUGACCAGGAGACAUCGAACCUACUCAGAUUACUCCUCCAUGGAAGAUUCUCCCCCCUUGUCCGCUCCCCUAUUGCUCCCAGAGUUUCAUUUGGACAAUUUUAACCAUGUCCCGCUAAACGUUUUUCCCAUCGAUGAAGACCAUUGCCUGGAUUCCAAUUGCGACAGCGCCAUGAGUGACGCCUCCUACGUUUUUAUGCCUGCUAGUUCUAGAAGGCGCCAAAGGCAAAUGACCGAAUGCUCCGAUGAUUCCAAUACAUCCAAAGACAUUAUCAAUUUCCAAGAAGUGAUCCUCAAGAAGGCCAAGCCAUCCAAUGUGGCGUCUGAAUUAGGCCGAAAUUUUGGCCAUGACUCUGUCCUAGGACAAAUCCAUUUGGACUUGGCCAAAUAUCACGAGAUCUGUCGCUUCACCGAUGAUGGAACCUACGACCGGGACGCUGCGUUUUUCCAUCUCAAAUGUUCGGCUGAUUGUGGCAACCUUUUGGCCGUCAUCGCCAUUGCUGGGAUGUAUUUGGGCAUGCCGCGCGAUAUCCUAUCUGACGUGUCUGCACCUGAGAAUGAGAACCAUGCUGAAAUGGGAUUUCAUUACAUGGAAGAGGCUGCCAAACUGGGUGAUCGGGCGAGUAUGGUCUUUCUCGCCAGAGCCUAUGAUAAUGGUGCCAACUUGCCGGAUCCCGAUCUCAAGAGCGCCAGAAAAGCACUGGAUUGGUACGAGAACGUCUGCAAGCAUGACGAAGAUGAUGGCGAUAAUAGUGAUUGGGGCAUGGAUGACCCAAACUAUAUUUUGUUGGCUCGUCAAGCCGAAAUCUGGUUGGCCGGAGCCGAAGGCGUAGAGAAGGAUCCUAGCUAUGCGGGUGAUUUGUAUAGCCAGGCCGCUGAAUCGGCAAUGGCUUCCAUGAAUGGAAAGCUAGCUAAUCAGUACUACAUGCUGGCUGAGGAAGCCUACGGUCAAGUGGAGGAAGAGUAAUGGCCAUGGAGUUAUUUAUUGGCCUUGGGCUCCUUGAAAACAAAAAGCAAACAAAAACCAAUACCAAAAAAAAAGAUUCCUCCUGUAAAAUACCGGCAAUGAUGUACAUUCAAUGUUAUGGAGCCUUUGGUGAUAACGAUAAAAAACCUCUUGUUUUUCAUCCUUUUAUAAUAAUGCAAAGUUUCUAACGUGCUCAGAAAAACAAAGCAACAAAAAAAGUGUCUCCCUUUGAUGUUGUCUCCUAUUUAACUUAAGAUAAUAAUAAAUAUCAAACCUCCCUCGAGCUAUAAAUAUGAUACAUAUAUAUAUUGACAUCAUCACGUUUUUCUCUUUUCGAAGACCUCUUUCUCAGAUCAAUGUUACUGUACUCACCUGAUCCAGUCAUGAGAUUAUUAUUUAAACCAUGUUGUGAUGAAAGUAAAGAGACAAACCUCUAUGUCAAUGAGCCUACUUGAGAGUGAUUAUUCGUCAUUGUGUACAAACCAUUCAAACAGCAAAUAUAAAACUUUUUCCUAGAA